AUGGCUGCUACUCUGAUCGACGACGUCAACGAUAUAAUCGGUUUGGUCAAAGACAAUGAAACCAACAGUGUCUUCAGAACAGACAUGUGUGAAGUGAAGAAAUCUGAAUUCGGUGGACUAGGUGUAUAUGCUAAGGAGGAUAUCGAAGAAGGAACGUCGUUGUUGAAGGUGCACAAAUCUAUUUUGUUCAGCGCCAAUAACUGUUCAAUUGGUAACCUGCUUCAUGAAGAAGGCAUAGGAGGUAUGUUAGGUUUAAACAUUGCAUUCAUCUAUGAGAUAACUGUCUUCAAAGAGAAAUCAUUCUGGUACAAUUACUUGAAAAGUAUUCGCUUCUUAGAUGAAGAUGGAGUGCUUCUGCUACCUCCAAGUCAUUGGGAAGAAAGUGAUAAGAAAUUAUUAAGAGGUAGUUCGGUUGAUUUAUUGUAUGGGGCACUGGAUCCAGAAGUAGAGAUCCAAGAAGGGUUCGAAAUCGCUAUCGACUUAUCGAUUAAAUGGAAUCAAGAGUUGAAUCUUAAUAUCCCGGAAGGCUUCCUCGAUGUCAAUAUUACAGAUAUUGAUGAUAUCAGAGAAAAACUGAAGAAAUUUGUCAGUGUUGCAUUUGCGUUAUCUUCGAGAGUGUUCGAGGUCGAUGCUUACCACGAGAAUGCAUUAGUGCCAAUUGCGGACUUGUUCAACCAUAACAGUGAAAAGACAGAUGUAAGAUUUGUCUCUGUGUUUGAUGUCUGUGCCGAAUGUGGUGAAUUUGGUCCUUGCAAGCACGAUGAGAUUGACGAGGUUGCAGAAGAAGGAGCUGAUAACGAUGAAGAGGUGCAAGAAGUAGAAGGUAGUGGCAAUUUCAAUGCCCUAGUGAAACAAUUAGAAGAGGAAGUGGAGGACCGUUGUACGGAAAGAGAAGAUUCCACCAUGUCAGAUGAAACUUACGUUGAAAUCGUUUUAGCAAAAGCUGUUAAAGAAGGUGAUGAGAUAUUCAAUUCGUAUGGCGACCUGAACAAUUCCUUGCUAUUGAGCAGAUACGGGUUUGCAUAUUUAGAUAACAAGAAUGAUAUGGUUGAUCUCAGUUUGCAGCUACAUGAUGUAGUCAAUUCUGAUAAGAAGUACCAAAUCAGAUUGAAGUGGUGGAGCGACGUCGGCUAUACGCUGUAUGAGAGCUGGUACAAGCUUAACCGGGAGGAAGCGGAGAAAAGUGAGGGCGAAGAGGAGGACGACGAUGGCGAGGACGAAGACGACGAAGACGACGAAGAACACGAAGAAGACACACAUGAACAUGAGCACGAGCACGUACACGGAGAGGGGUGUAGCCGCGACCAUGGCAGCAACGUUUUGAACGAGCUGUACGUGGACUUCGAUUGCACCCCAUCCAGAAAUUUGAACGCCCUCAUCAACAUCCUAUCACUCGAUGACAACAAGUACGACAAAUUGACAAGUUCCCUCGAACAGGACACCGAGACACCACCCCAGUUCGUCACCACCAUCUUCGACACAUUCGACCAGUUCAACACCUCCAACAAGGCAAUUAGCAACACGAAUCAAAAUAUAAAACUUCUAAAACAACUACUUCAAUUGAAAAAACCACACCCACUCCCAACCAACAAAACUGCAAUCUCAGAACACCAGCUGCAACAAGUAAAGACGCUGCUGCAGAACGAGAACACCUUGAUCAGAAACAUGUCCACCAAACUCUAA